AAUAAUGACGUCGUGAAAAACGCGCUGUAGACUGGAAUCCAUCGUUGAAGAGGUUUCAUUGAAACGGGUCGUUCAGAGGGGAAUCCUCUGGAGGGUGGCUUCGCAGAACGCACUCAUCAACUGUUGUCCUGGGCUGAGGGAGAUGCAACCCAAGGCAUCCUCGUCUCCUGGUGUUGACAAAGCGUGUGUCUUGCUGACGGUGGUUGGCUUUGUGGUUCGCGAGCGUCUUCAGCUGCACGGAAUCGACCUGCCUCAUGUCUGGCGAGGAAUCGACGACUAUCUGAGCGAACUUCCACGUGGUUGGCCUCUUGCUGAAGCCUACAUCCGCACAGGGAGUUUGCGGUGCAUGCAGUACGUUGCAUUCAGGGAAUCGAAGGAGGCUGAAUACCCGUCGUAUAGAAUGUGGAUGGUGAACAAUGUUGCUGCUUUGGCGAUGGAUCGCGGGGAUGUCAAGGCACUGGAGUGGCUUGCCCAAAGAUAUUCACCAGAUACGCCAGCAAGGGUGGAAGAUUGGUAAGAAUGGAAUUGCGCUUCAAGUUGAAGGCACAAAUCCAUUUCAAGGUGAUCCUAUGAUGAGUGCGUCGACCAACAAGAGCACUGUAACCAGCAACGCGAAAAUAAUCCGUUGUUAUGAAUUGCUUUAAAAUGUGUUCGAAUAGUGUUUCCAU